AUGCCCAUUAAUCCCCUCUACAAUUGUUUUGGCGUAAAAAAACGGUUACGUUCCCCUGAAUGCUACACCAAUGGUAAGCCCGGCGGAAGAAUGGAUAGAUUCAACAGACUAGACAAGCAAGAAGGAGCCAGCAGUUCGACGAGAUACGAGGAGCGACAGGGAACCACUGCGACUAUCGAUGAGGAAGACGAAGAAGAUGACCAUGAUGAAGAGCACGAUGAAGAUGACGAUGAGUGGUGGGCUAGCGACAGUGGCUCUUCCAGCGGGUCUUAUUAUUCUGACAGCGAAAGUUACACUGACAGCUCCUACGCCGAAUGGGAAACAGAUAUAGGACCCUUGGGCGAAGUAUUUUAUAUAGAAUCGUUGUCCGAGACUCCUGGGAGCAAUAAAAAACCCGAGAAGCCAGAAUCACCGCCUCCGGAAUUAAAAAGAAAACGAAGUACCCGAGCCGGAAAGCUUAUGAGAUUGAUCAGAAGGCGCGAGAGCAAGAGGUAUAGCACGAGGAAUAAAAAAUCCAAGGGUGAAAUAAAAGAAGUGAUGCUGUGGGUGGAUCCCGAAAAACGUCACAAACUAGGCCGGCGCGCAACCUUAUGCGAAGCCUACCUCGGAAUAGUCCCCGGUGAUUUUUCCGACAAAGUCCGAGUAAUGGUAUCAGGCUUCAUCCCGGACGGCGAAGCAAUAAAAAACAAGAACAUAAAAAUAGGCGACUGGCUUCGGAGUAUAGACGACUACGACGUGACAACCGAGAACAUAGAGCCUCUGUUAAACCAAAUAUCCUCCCCAAUGAGCCUGAAGCUCCAAUUGCAGCGAGUCGCGGGUAUUGAAGUUACCGAAGACGAGCCUUCUAGUAUCCCCCGGCAAUCUGCCCGAGUUCGUCGUCUGGUGGACCGAGAGCGUAGUAAAAAAUUCAUGAACGCCCUGUUGGACUACUCUUUUGGCGUUAUUUACCUCCAAACUUCCGGACUUUCAGAAACCGGACCCGAAUUGCAAGGAGUCAUGUACACGUAUCCAAGAUCCGAGAAUAAAUCACAAAAUUCAAUUUUGUGUUCAGCAAGAGGUGCUUUUGUCACUUUGAACCAUCUUCUUCCAGAGACAUUCAGCGCGAUACCCUCCAGCACGACUAUUUCUGUAGGAAGCGAGCGGAUCCAUGUGCUAUACGUAGCUCGGAAUGACGAGCUGCUGCUCUUGGCAGUUCCCGAGCGCUGGUACAGCCUCGAAGAGUCCAAAGAAUUGAUGAGCGAUAUUGUGAGAAAUCUGGAGUUUUCUUACGCGACUCUCCAUAAAUGCUUCGCUGAUGAGUACAAUCACCUGGAGCUGGACCACAUGUUCUACCUGGCGUUCACCAGGCUGCUGGGCAUCGACCACGAUGAGGACCCGGUUGAUGAUGAGGUUCAACAGAUAAAAACCGCGAUUCAAAGGCGAGAAAAAUGCGAGUUUGAAAAAAUAGUCGGUGCUGCCCAACAUGUCCAGCUGCCCAUGGAAGCCCAGUUUGAAAUAGACUGCGCGUUAAAUGAAAUGGAAGCUAUGGACUGCCGUGAGUGGAACGAAGACCCGAUGGAGUGCCAAAGGCUCUACACAAUCCUUGGGACUUGCGUUUAUCACAAGAGCUACUUGCUGACUUCUCAUAUCAUGCAUCUGGACUUCCUGGAGGUUCACUCUUUUCUGAGGAUGAACGGGCUGCUGGAGCUGAUGGAGAAUGAACCGGUCAAGAGCUUGGUUGUCUGGAGGUCGGUCUAUCCUAAGUCCUGCCACCGAGGGAUUGUUACUGAUCCCAAGACUCAGUUCUGCGCCCCUGAUGCCAAGUGGUUCGUCCUGGUCGUUGGCUAUGAAACUGAGUUUCUUGUUGCCCUGUUUGAAAGCGGGGCUACGUCGCAAACCAUUAUUGAGGAUGGUCCUGAUAUUUUUUAUGUUGAAGAGGCUCAGGAGACUCUCAGGCAUAUUCAGAAGAUCGGUGUGCCUAUUUAUGCUGCCAAGUGGAUCGCGUCGAAUGCCAAGCCUGAAACUGUGGAUCUCAAAGAGAAAGUCGGGGGAAAGCAUCUUAGUAUUGCGGAAAAUUUGUUAGGGUUGAUCAAGUCAGCGGAUACUUCUAGCGCACCGGCGAAAAGCAAUUGUGGGACUAUUAAAAAAGUUCCGGAGGUCACUUCUAUUUUGAAGAAGAGGAGUCCGGAGCAAAGUCUUGUUAUUACUGGGUCGAUGUACUCAUUUCAAGCAUCUGAAGAAUCAUUGAGCCAAGGAGGAGCAAUGAGUGAACAAAGUGAUGACGGAGCGCCAAUUUUAGGUAGACGAGCAUUAAGAGAAAGAUAUCUCGCCCAAUCAAGAGUUGAGUCUGACGACAGUGACUCUGAAAUAGACAUGUACCGUCAAGACUGUGACCAGCAGCAGCACUGUCCAUUCGACUUCACAGACAUCCGUGAGAGCUUGCUGAGUCAAUCAGAAGUGAUUUCCCCUAUACGCAUCACUACUGGGCCCAAGAAUGUAUUGAUACACUACGUGCAUCUGGAUCCCUUUGAAGGGGUCCUGAUGUCCUCGAGGACGAUUGAGAACUCUGGAAAAAACGCAGAUGUGAUUAACACCUUCAACGAGUGCGCUCAUACAAUUCACAAGCUGCUGGGUAACACGGUCCGAUUUAAGACCAUGGCUAUUGAGGAUCCAGCCAGUGUAGCGAUUAAUAAAAAUCUCGUAGCGAUAAAAGAGCAUGGGAUUUUAUUCGAAUACGAGGGUAUCAAUUUCUGGGUGAUUGGGCGGCUGUUCGAGACGCCUUGCCUCAAAGAAUUUUAUGUGUGUUAUGAAGAUUCUGUUCCGCAAAAUUUGAUUGAAAUGGCUUUUAAACUUCAAAGUACAUGGCAUUGA